AUGGCUGGCAAGACAGUGGAGCCCCGCGUCCCUCUGACUUUGCAGAAGUCGCGGCUGAAAGCUGAGGAGAAGGUCCUAGACUUGGACUUUGAGCUGGUGAGCGUGCAGUUCAAUGAGGCCGGGAGGUAUGCUCUGAGGCUCACGGUGGAGAAUCCACUGCUGGAGGGAUCUGGCGCUGGGGUGCAACUGCGGGUGAACGAGGGGGACCCCCUUUACACCAACACGGCCACGACCGACAUUGUCGAGCAAAGCAACCUGAAUGAAGUCUAUGCGUUUGAGAAGAGGCAGUUCCUCUUUACCUUGCCCAGAGGCUUCUGCAAAAAUGACAAAAACCACGACGCCCGGCUGCGAAUAGAAGCCCUGCGCCUUCGCGGUUCCUCGCUGAGGACCAGUGUCCUGGCCGGGGAAGCUUUCUUCGCUAUCUACCCCCGCACCAACCAGCCCCGGAUGAAUCUCUUCGCCAGCAGAGACGAGGACCUGUACCGCUAUGGUGACAUCAUGGUGCUUCUGCGGGUGGGCAGCGAUGACCUGGCCAUGCAUUGUGGGAGGCUGGCCUACGCGGUGUCGUUCCAUGAGCACCGGCCCGUUGCCAAGAAGCAGGCACCCACCAGUCCUCUGCCACCCCCCAAGUUGAAGGAGAGGAGCCUGCCGGCUGGAACCAGCUCCCUAGCACCUUCCCAGUCUCUGCCCAUCCCACAGAAGAUUCACCCUACAUCUGCUCCUGAGCCACACCCUUGGCCAUCUGAGGAGUCCUGCACACCAGGGUUGCUGCCCAGCCUACCUGAGCCUCAACAGGAAGCCUCUCCUGGAGCCAUGAAAGAGUUUUCUGACGAACAGCUGUCCUCUCUGCCAUCCUCUUCCACUUCCUCCUCACCAGCCUUGCCAAGGCGAUUGCCAAGUGAUGCCAGACUCCGCCUCCCUUCGCCAGGAUACAGCCCCGAGCUGCUUUUUGAGAAUAUAUUUUCAGGGGUGCUGAACAUGCGCAUGCCUUUGUCUGCAGAUGACGACGAUAAUUGCAGAGGCCCUGAUUGA